GGGUCCAAGACAAGGUCCAGCUUGGUUCGAGGUGGGGUGACUCGUCCGGUUCGGGAAGUGUGGCGUUUCCGGCGAAGCGCGAGACUGACACGCGAGCACAUGCGCUUCGACAAGGCUGUUCAUCUCUUCGAGACUCUCUAAUGUUGCAUAACAAUUGCAAAGUUCAAUAUAGAGAUGUCGUCGCAGAAUGGCAGUGGCAUCGCCUUCUGCCUCAGAUCGGAGGAAAGUCAAGACCAUUUCCGCCUCCUCGAACUCCCACCUGAGUUGCUGCAACUCGUAACCUCAGCCAACCCUCCAGUUCUGCAAUUCAAGUCUGCAGCUUCGACGGCGAGUCUCGCUGCAGGUGCUGGUGCCGUUAUCUGCACGCCAGACAAGACGUACAAUAUCCGGCAAGUUAACACUUCCAACUCCGUCUACAUAUGUCAACCAGUCCAACAAGCAGCGGACGACGGCGAUGGCGGCUUGACUUCGCCUCGUCUGCAAGCUGUAGCCAAAUGCGGCUUCACGCUGGAGCUGAGCCACCACAGCAACGCUUCUGCGGGUUCGUAUCUUAAGGCUGCCCUGCCAUUGUACUCACCAAUCGAAGCUUCCUCAUCCCGGGAGCCCCGAUCGAAGCAAAUGGUGUUCGACGACAUACCGCUGAGCCAGGCUGAAUGCGAGCAAGCGUGGACUGAUUUAGCUUGUUUCGAAACGGUCGAGCCUAUCAACUGCUUCCUCCCAAGUGCUGGAGCGAAGAUUGCCGCAUGGCAUGCCAUACUUCGACAGGCCACAGCGCAAGAUAUCGAUCUGACAAUGCCAAUCAGUGGAGAGCAUCUGGCCAGAUCAGUCGACAACGAUGAGGACUGGCCGCAAGAACUGUCGCACGCUUUACUGCGGUCCCUCUCGGGCACUUCAGAAGGGCACAUCCUGCUCGAUGAAGCGCGCACUUUGCGAAACAUAGGCGUUGACUCGCUUGCGGCUUUGAGUCAGGCCCGAGGUUCAGUGGCUCUAUCUGACUGGCUUGACGCCUGGAGAGAUCUCAUGCCGGAAAGGUGGCGGGAGAAGGUGUCGCAGAAGCUUCUCCCACCGGACUCCUGGAAGACGCUGUCCAACGGCUCUGUCGCUCUCAAUGCGGACGGAGCCUCAUCCACCAAUGCAGACUUGGGAUCAAGCGCCCCUCGAGCGAAGUCGACCUUAGGUGCCAAGCGGAAAUGGCACGACAAAUUCCGCGCCUCGAAGAAAGCUGCAUGAGGCGUAAUCAUUUUGAUUCGGGUAGCGCCUAUAC